CGUUGACAAUAAAAGAUUCAAACUUUUUGGAAAAAAAUACUGACAAGUUAGAUUAAUAUAAAUGUGGAUUAAAGUGAUGAUAAUAUUUUCUAUAUAAAACUGAUACAAAGUACACAUAGCAUUAUAGCUACGUAAAGACAAUCGGAUUGUAAACUGGCUUAUACCAGUUCUAUCUAGGGAUAUAGAAACUUUGAGAAAGCCCCUGCAGUUUGUAUUAUUAAACUAAGAGAAAUAUCUUCUUGUGCUUCACAGCAACAAUGCGAACUUUAUUGUACAGAUAUGUCCCUGCUCUUAAAAGCAAAAUUUUUACAAACUCUCAAGGAUUUCACAAGUCGGUUGGUGUCAUGAGAUUGGCAACAGAAGAGCCAAAUGCGCCAUCUAUCCAAACAGAAAUUCCAGGACCCAAGUCCAAGACAUUAUUUAAUGAACUAAGUACUGUUCAGAAUUCUCUGGCAGUACAAUUUUUUGUUGACUAUGACAAAAGUUUUGGGAACUACCUCGUGGAUGUAGAUGGGAACGUCAUGCUUGACAUGUUUACACAGAUAGCCUCUAUUCCUAUUGGUUAUAAUCACCCAAGUUUGGUCGAGACAAUAAGGAAUGAAGACAACUUGUCUACUUUUAUUAACAGACCUGCACUUGCCGUAUUCCCACCAGGCGAUUGGCUAAAACGUCUGCAAUCCUCACUGUUAGCGGUGGCGCCUCCAGGACUGAAUGAGAUUCAAACUAUGGCCUGUGGUGCCUGUUCAAUCGAACAUGGCAUGAAAGCCAUGUUUAUUGCGUAUCAAAGAAAGAAACGUGGAGGUCAACCUCCAUCUAAAGAAGAACUACAGACUUGCAUCACAGGUGUACCACCCGGAUGUCCAGAUUUAUGUAUUCUGUCCUUCAAAAAUGCAUUUCAUGGACGUACAAUGGGAGCUUUAGCCAUUACUCACAGUAAACCCGUCCAUAAACUUGAUUUCCCUGUUCCAUAUUGGCCUAUGGCGUCUUUCCCAAUACUCAAAUAUCCCCUGGAGGACAAUGUAAGGGAAAAUCAAGCUGAGGAGAGAAGGUGUCUGGAAGAGGUUGAAGAUUUAAUUGUUUCAUGGAACAAAUCCGGAAGGCCAGUAGUCGGCUGUGUUAUAGAACCCAUGCAAGCUGAAGGGGGAGACAACUUUGCCUCGGCUGAAUUUUUCCAAGGAUUGCAGGAAGUUUGUUCAAAGUAUGAUGUGAGUUUGGCAAUAGAUGAAGUUCAAACUGGAUGUGGUUCAACAGGAAAAUUUUGGGCACAUGAACAUUUCAACCUUAAGGAGUCCCCAGAUAUUGUUGCCUUUAGUAAGAAAAUGUUGACUGGUGGAUUCUACUACAAGGAACACUACAGGCCACACGAGGCUCAACGUAUCUUCAACACCUGGGUAGGAGAUCCAUCAAAGGUCGUCUUAUUAGAAGCUGUAGUUAAAGUUAUCAAGGAGCAGAAUUUAUUGGCAAGAGUCAAUGACACUGGAAAACAUUUGUUUGGUGGAUUAAAAGAGCUUCAGACACAAUAUCCUAAUUUACUGAGCAGACUCAGAGGUCUUGGUUGUUAUGGAUCUAUUGAUAUGCCGUCGAUGGAAAUACGGGACAAAGUGAUAUCUAAACUCAAAGCUAAAGGUGUCAAUACUGGUGGUUGUGGCGAGAAAUCUAUCAGAUUCAGACCAACUCUAACCUUAGAGAAACACCAUGUGGAUAUAUUCCUUGACAGAUUCAGCUCUGUUUUGCAGGAGGUUGAUUCCUCACAAGACAAAAGUGAACGAGCAAAAGCUUAGAAAGGACUUGGUUUAACAUGCCUUUAAGGACAUUUUGUGAAAGAACAUUGUAUGUCCUUAAACUAAGAUUACACUUGACCUUCCAGUCAAUAUUGACAGGAGGAAAACAAGACGAAUCAGAUUCUAUGUCUCAUUUGUCAUUUUUAUCCAACAUUUCAUAUUGAAAUGUUCUAAUCUGAAUGAAUAAAUGUGUAUUGAGAUAAUCCGUGUUCAACACGUUUUAUAUUUGUGUAUACUUGAAGUUGCAAGUAUGAGGUGUUUUUAUGUUAAGAUUACCAGUCAGCAUUACAUUUGUAUAUCUGGGAAUAGAUAACAUUGCUAUUGAUUAAGUAGUUGUCCUACUCAAGUGUGUAAUGCCUUAUUUUAUUUUCGUGUUUUUUUUAACGUAGUAAGAUUUAUUUUGAGUUUAGAUAUAUUAUUCUACUGUUACAGUAUUAUAAUAAUUUUAUAUUUAUAUGUGUGUUUAUAGCUAUUGAGAUUUUUUCUUAAAUUUAUGAGAUUUUUUUUUUAUAUUUUAGCAGCAGUCUUGUUAUUUUUGCUUCCAAUUAUAGAUGUGUACUCAUUUUUUUGAAUAUUUAAACUAUAACUGCCAGGUGCAUAUUACAUACAUGUAUAUUUUUUUCAUAUGUCGAACUUAUUGUGAAUCACACUACAUGAUGACACUAAGCUAGGAUUCACAAUCUUUUAUAUGUUAUGCAUUUUCUUUAAGAUGGUAUUUUUUAAGGGGGAGAUAGCCUGUGUCGGACGAUUUGCUUAUCUUACAGUUGUGACAUCACACAGCAAAAUUUGCUCAUUUGUCAAGAAAUUUGUACCUUAAUAUGAAAUAUAUUUACUGUAAAAAGGCAAAAGAUUAAGCAUUUUGUUAAAACGAUAUCGGUUAUUUACAAUAUUUUGAAACUUUUUUUGAACUUAGAUCAUCAUUAUCGUUUUGUUUUCUUGAUUUUGUUAGAUUGGUGCUUGUGCGUUUUAACAGUUAAGGGUGCAGUUUUGGGAAUAUAUUCUGUUUCAUUUAUUUUAUGAUCGAGAAAACUGAUCUUGUUGUGGAACACAUUUGUUCUUUCUCUAAAUUCAUUUCAAAGAUCAUUUGAUUUUUCGAUUUUGUUGAAAUUACAGUUCAAUGUUUAGUAUCGUUGCAAGUGAAAUAUACAGUGCGAGAAAAAAUUGCCUAAGAACAAAUGGAGCAUAUGGAGAACAGAAUAUGAAAAAUUUUUACUUUGAAGAAAUCUCAGAAUAUAGGUGUAAUACCACCAUUGAUUUUCCCCUAUUAGUCUUUGUUAAAUUUGCACUUUUCAAAAAAUUAUUCAGAAUUUAUCUUUGUUUCAAAUAAAGAAAUACUUGGCAUGAGUAAAGUUUUAUCCUGUCCAGUUCUAUAGAAAAAGUUUCACAUAACAUUUCAUUGCAUAUAAGAAAAUAACUAUCAUUGGAAGUUAACCAAUCAAAUUUCUCCCCUUAUUCUAUCUGUGUACAAGGUUUAGUCACCAUGUAACCUCAAGAUUACAAAAUUUUCUAUAGAAAUCACAAAUAAAAAAUAAUGGUGUUUUGAAAUACCCAAGACAUAUGUUUAUGACACAGAAAUAGUUUUACUGCAAUAAAAUGUAGGAUUAAUUACCUGCAACGGUGAAAUUCAAGGGAAUAUUUUUUUAGACCUACUUUCAUAUGCAACCGGAUGUGACGUACCAUGAUUUGGUGGUAUUACACCUAUAACAGUAUACCUGAUUUGGUGCUGCAUAAUAUACCAUUAAUUGAACAAAAUACUCAUCUUGACCUAUAUUCAGAAGCCAUGUGCAGCAAUGAACAUUGUUGUUGGAUGCAUGGGGUUUCAAAGAAUUACCAAAUUCAGUAUUUUAUAAUAAAUUCAAUAUUUCACUAACAUGUCUCAAAUGUGUUUACUUGUAUGGAUAUUCUACAUUUGAAUAUUGGAAAGUCACGAAUGUAUAUAAUUAAACGUUUAUAAUGAAUAAAGAAACAUGUAAAACAGAA